CUGCUUCCAGUGAAUCUGGUUUCUGCUGCUGCUUUGAUUCUUCAUCACAACAAGAUGAAAUUUGUUCUUUUUACUUUGUUCCUUUGUGGAUUCAUCCUUAAAGUAAAUGGUAAAAGUUCAUCAGGAGCAUGCCUCCCGGAGGAAAAAUCCCUCGUGGCAUGUGAGGGAAGACUGGCUCGACUCCACUGUGGAGAAGGUCAGGCUAUCUAUGUGACCAGAGCUACAUAUGGACGCACUGAGAAGAAGACGUGCAGAGCUGGGAGACCUGCCGACCAGCUGGAGAACACUGAAUGCUCCACAGACACAGAGGAAGUUGGUGAGAGAUGCAAUGGGAAACAGUGGUGUAAAGUCAAAGCCAGUGACUAUGUGUUCGGAGAUCCCUGCUAUGGAACCUACAAGUAUCUGGAGGUGGAAUAUAUUUGUUACGGCACAUUGUUUCCAGUGAGUCCUGCUGCUGCUGUUAUUCUUCAUCACAACAAGAUGAAAUUCGUCCUUUUUACUUUGUUCCUUUGUGGAUUCGUCCUGGAAAUCAAUGCUGGUCGUGGUUUUCAAAAACCGAAAAAAACUAGGUCAUUUGCAGAAUUAAGAACUAUUGUGGCAUGUGAGGGAUCAGAGGCUCAAUUAGUGUGUGUAAAUGAGACUAUAUUUGUGAUCAGUGCUACAUUUGGACGCAGCGAUCAUACAACAUGCUCCGAUGGGAUACCUGACGACCAGACAGAGAAAACUGAUUGUUCUAUGAGGGCAGAUUUAGUGUUUCAGAGAUGCGAUGGGGAAUCGAUGUGCACUGUCUUUGCCAGUAGCUCUGUGUUUGGAGAUCCCUGUGUUGGGACCUACAAGUACCUGGACGUGGUAUAUCUUUGUUGA